GACCAGCCGUCCUAAAUGCUCGAGGGACAUCUUCCGCAGACGUCGCUAUACCUUCUGAGCGUCUUCAAAGUUUAGAGGAAAAACUGGAAAGCUUGACCGCCAUGGUGCAUUCGCUGCGAGAUACGCCCAAGUUAGACCCGGCAAACCCUAAAGAUUCAGGACAUGUAACUUCUCCAAAGCGAGCACGCCAGACAUCACGUGCGUCCCCAUUCCUGGAUGAUGACGAGGGUUUAUUUGAUGUCCAGGGAAGCUAAUGAGAUCGAGUUCCUUCUAAGAGGCCUAAACCGUCAAAUGUCGCUUACCGAGAUGGACGAUCAACCGUGGAGAAGCGGCUCACUCACCGGGGUUUUGCUUGCGACUCCUCCGGCCUCAGCUGCUUCUAUACGCGCAUUUAUCCAGAAGCAAUCCUCUCCAGAAGCGCAGAACCUUCCGGCCAAGCACUGCUGUGACUUCCUCUUUGAAACAUACGUCUGGAAUUAUCAUGCAAUCGUCCCACUCGUCCAUGAGCCUUCUUUUCGCAUCGAAUACGAACGGUACUGGGAACUGAAAUCAGGUAGCAGUGAGAAGAACGCGACUGCAGCGACACCGCUUGUAUUGGCGGCGCUUUGGGCCGGAACAGUGAUUUGCACUCAGUCUGACUGGGAUCUCCACUGCGCUACUUAUGAACGUGAGGAAGCUAUGCUAAAGUUAUAUUGGAUGGCUUUUCGAGCACUUCGGAUCUCGAAUUUCCCGCGGCUACCCACUGUCGAGACGCUCUCUGCUUAUAUCGUCCUUCAGAGCACAUCGAUGCGUGAGGAAGAACCGCUAAGCACCGCUAGUUUUGUCGGCGUCAUAGUUCGGGUGGCGCAAAUGCUUGGACUAAAUAGAGAACCUUCCUUGUUCCAGGCAUCUUUAUCGACAACAGCUGCUGAGGUAAGGCGGAGGGUUUGGUGGCAUGUCUUUCGCAUUGAUGUGCUUGUCGCAUUGGCAUCUGGUCUUCCUCCGCUCAUCGAUCGGGACUCCUGGGAUGUCAGGAUGUUGAGUGAGGUGCGCGAUGAACUACUGGGAACGGUGGCUGCGUUACAAUACGAAGAGAAACUGCGAGAAGGAAGCUGUCAGCCUCAAAAGGUGCUUGAUCCCGACUCGAUGGUCUCGCCAGCAAGCAUCUUUGCUCGUGGCAAAAUCGAGGAUACUUUGUUUGCACGGGAACUCCUGAACAAGACGUUUGGACCGAAGCCUAUGACUUCAGACGAUUUGAAAAGUACACAGCAAGAGCUCGAGCGCUUCCAGGAACGUAUAUUAAAGACAGCUAAGCGCAUUACGAUAUCUACAGCCACGGAAGCUUAUGAAAAUAAUAACGAGCUGAACGCCUGGGCAAAACUCGUAUUAUGGGCGAUGGGAGACCGAUACUGGUGGUACAUGCAUUCUCCCGUCCUGAACCGAGCAAUCAGUCGCGCAUGGAGCAAUCUACUUCCUCGUGUCAUUCACAAUUGUCGUUCAUUUCUCCUCAAGUACAUCUGUCUGGCCGCAUGUCACGAGUUUCAGAGAUGGCACUGGUCAUGGCCAGGAAACCACCAACCGCUCCAUGCUAUUAUCCUACUCCUCAAAGAAGUCGAACGGGACCCUGACGGAGUCAACGCCCAAAGUUCACGUUCCAUCAUUGACCAGGCCAUUUCCCUAUGCGGCCCUGACGGAGGCAUCAGCGGUGCACAGGGUGACCACAUUGUGCCGCGGGCUUUACUAGAUGGCGGUCAGGAGGCCUGGAAUCUCAUCACCCGGCUACGAUUGCGGGCAUGGAUCAAAGCAGGCUUGAAUCCGGAUACACUUCCUACACGAGCGCAAGUUGUGCAGUUAGCGCAGAUGCAACUUAUUCAGCUCCGAUCCGAAGUCGAGAGCGGUAUCACGCCGCAAAUGAAUUGGCCGGGGCUUGAGCUUCAAGAUCUUGAGGUUUCGCCCGAGUUUGACGAUCCAUUGAGUUCAAACGAUACCUUCUCACCCAACGUCAAUUGGCAAGACUGGGACGCUAUGUUUGGUAACAUAGAAUAAAUUCUAAUCCUUUAAAGACUCGUAAGUGGGUCUUGUCACUCCUAGCACCACAGAUCUCGGCUUCACAGAGGCAAAUGGUAUCGGCCGUCAUUGAGGUUUUAUUCUGUGGGAACGGACCAAGAUAUUCAUG